CCGAUGCCGGUGGAGAAGAGACGCGGAUAUUUCCCGAUCCUUCUUUUCGUCAAUGUGUGGUGGUAUGGAUGUUGGUAUUCUGUUCAUUUUGCAGCAGUUCCGCUUUGCAUAUGGCGAUUACCUUUUUUUUUCAUGUUGCGGACGUCCAGUUUGAAUGUUGCAAUAACUUCUUGGCAGGAAAUGAUCAGGCAUAAAAUGCGUAGUUUUAAUGGAACAUUUUUAGAUGAAAUCUUGCGUGAAACAUUUACGUAUGAUGCAGUGGGUUUUUUUCCAUAUAUUGUAGAAUAACUUUUAUUAUUUCUCAGAUGUUGCACGUAACAUAUAGCGUAUAUUGCGGUGUUUUUUUUUUCCCGGACCGUCCGAUGCUAGUGUCCGGAUCGGAGGUCCGGGCCCUGGCAGCUCCGAUUUCCAAUCGCCGGCGUGCGAACCAGUCAAAGAGGGAGCUGUUCUACCGCUCCACAGCCCCAUGCGCAAGUCGGCCCUGCAUGCAUGCACAGUCAAAGGAAAAUGGCCAAUCCCUACGGGCUGCAGGCACCCAACAACCCCCAGCACGCCUCUGCAUGCACGGUCAACCCGCGCAUUGCUCGCGUUCUCGGCGGCCAGCGCCGCGCGGACAUCCUCCUCGCCUUUUAUCCUCUGUCCACUCCGUCUACUCGCACCCGCGGCAGAAACUCCUCCUCCUCCUCCUCUUCUUCUUCUUCGUCGUCGUCGUCGUCGUCGUCGUCUUCUUGUUGUUGUUGUUGUUGGGGACAGUGCUGCACGAGUUCACGCACUCUUUCUCCCCACCGAUCCAUCGCCAAUGCUAGGUGUUGCUUGGUUCCAGCUCUUCGAUGGUUCAUGGCUCCGUUUCUCCUUACUAGCCUCCUGCUUGUGCACGCGGCGAUGAUGCACGAGCUGUAGCGGCGAGAUCACUUGCCUCGCUCUCUCCCCUCUUCUCCCCGUGCAUACUCGAGAAAAGAAAGAGAAGGGGAGGAGAGGACCGGAGUAGGGAGGGGAGACGGGUACGCACGCCCCGGCCAGGACAUCGAUCGAGGCGGCCGGAGCGCCGCCGCCGCCCGUGGCAACGGCAACGGAGACUGCGAGUUGCUGUGAUGGCGCGCGGUGGAGGUAGCAGGAGGUUCGGGCUGAAGGGGCCACCGGAGGAGGAGGAGGAGGGGGCCGGCCUGAAGAAAGGCGCUUGGACCGCCGAGGAAGACGAGAAGCUGGUCGCGCACGUGCAGCGCCACGGGGAAGGGAGCUGGAACCAGGUGCGCCGGGAGACGGGCCUGCUGCGCUGCGGCAAGAGCUGCCGGCUGCGGUGGGCGAACCACCUCCGCCCCGACCUCAAGCGGGGCGCCAUGUCGCCGGAGGAGGAGCUCCUCGUCCUCCGCCUCCACUCGCUCCUCGGCAACAAGUGGGCGCGCAUCGCCGCGCAUCUGCCAGGGAGGACGGACAACGAAAUCAAGAACUACUGGAACACGCGGACGAAGCGGCGCGAGCGCGCCGGCCUCCCGCUGUACCCUCCGGAGGUCGAGCACGAGGUCGCCCUCAUCCGCGCCGGUGGCCCCAACACCAUCCUAGGUGACGACGCGGGCGCCGCCCACGAGCUGCCGUUCCUCUUCGACGCGGCCGACCCACUCGCUUCGCUGCCGCUGCCACCACCGGCCUCGGACUCGCCGGCGCUGCUAUACCACUUCGGCAAGGCAGCGCAGGAGCCACUGCCGCUCCCCUACAUCAGCAACCUGCAGAUCGACCCCGUCAAGUACCUGCAGCCGCUGGCACCAUUGCUGCCGCCAAUGGCGCACCGGGAGCUCCCUUCGGUCCAAUCAGCCGCGAUCGCCACCGGCGCCGCGCUCGAGACGAUGUUCCUCCGCGAGCUGGGACAUCAGCAGGUGCCCGACGCCAACCUGGUAAAUUUUGGAGCCAUGCCUGGUUUGGUCAGCUACGAGAACGCCGUCUCCUCGCAUUGCGUCCAAGAAGAGGUGCAAAACCUCGGCGACAAACGCGGCCGCCUCUCCGGAGAUGAGAAGCCGGCGAAGAGGCUACUGGCAAGCAGUGUGGCCGACGAUAAGGAGAUGCCGAACCUACUGCGUGAUGACGUCACGGGCGAGGCGCCCGGCCAUGAUGCUGUCGUCGCUGACCAGACGAUCUUCCUAACCGCCGGGAGCAUUGAUGACGAUGAGUUGCAGCAUCUCAUGAUGCCGUCGGCGCCGCUGAUCUGUGACGAGGACGGCUGGAACCAAUGAACUUUGGCUAGCGAUCGUUUUGCAUUCCUUUUUUUUGGAACCCGAGCGAGUAGUGGAACUGGAAACCGUAGCUUAAUUAUAAUUUUUUUUAAUUGAGAGCAAGGGAGGUGUUGAUCAUCUGUACACUUCUGCAUCGAGGGAUUCGUUGUAACAGGUGAGUUUUGCGUGAAAAAAAGGAACACUCCUAUUGCCUCUCCUGUUGUAUGUGUAUUUUGUGGGGAAAAA